AUGGAUAUGAUGAAUCGCGUGUACCGACCAAUGUUGGACAAAUCUGUGAUCAUGUUUAUAGACGAUAUUCUUGUAUAUUCCAAAUCUGAAGCGGAUCACGUGAAGCAUUUGUGUGAGAUGCUUGAAACACUUCGACAAGAGCGUCUAUAUGCUAAAUUUUCGAAAUGUGAAUUUUGGCUAUGUCAGGUGCAAUUCCUAGGUCAUACGAUUUCUUGUGACGGUGUGUCGAUUGACCCGUCGAAAGUUGAAGCUGUAAAGAAUUGGGAGCAACCUAAGAAUGCAUCUGAGAUUCGUAGUUUUCUUGGACUCGCGGGUUAUUAUAGACGAUUCAUACGAGAUUUCUCUAAAAUUACCAUGCCUUUAAUUUCGUUGACCCGGAAAGAUGUCAAGUUCGAAUGGGGUGAAGCUCAAGAGAAUGCUUUUCAGGUGUUAAAGCUUUGUUUGUCAGAUGCUCCUGUUCUAGCUUUAGUAGAAGGUAGUGACGACUUGGUAGUUUACAGCGAUGCAUGCAGCGAGGCAACGUAA